UUACGUCUUUAUCGCUUAAAUGAGGGGAUGCCGGUAGGCCGCCCAUGGGUAGUGCGUUUCACGCUCAAGGUUACGCUGUCCCAGCUCUUACCUGCAGACCUGUCCGUCCGGAACAACAGGUGCCUGGAUGAAGUUAUCGUGUUGCUGCUGGUGAUGAAUCACAAGUCCUGCUCUACUGUCGCCGGUUUGCACUUGAUCUUUAGACACGGUGUCCAGCCUUGUCGCCCGGAGGGGACGGGAUUCGUUCGAAACCGACGUGGGCUGCACGACCUCGUAGAAGUUGCGAUUUUGUGAUUGUCGCUGCGCACCGCUGCUGUCAUGAGCCGUGUCACAGCUCCGACUGCUCCGGCGUCGCCUUUGUGAGGGGCCGCCAGCUGCCCGGCUUCACCCCGACCAAGCAAGCGCGGCCUGAGCCAUGUCCGACUCCCAGGAGCAGAGCCUCAAGGAGGACGUCGCGUUCGCCGAAAUCCCGAAAUCCAGCCCCCAGUUCUACCACUGCGAGCGGGAGCGAUGUGCCCUGGAGAGCCUGCUCCGUGCGGGACCCGGGGCCUUCUACGCCCAGCUGAGCCGGGAGAACCUUGAGCCGUUCCUGUCCCCGCAGGAAGUGACCCAGCUCGGCACGUGGGCGCAGGAGCAGAGCUGCGGCGCUGCGCUGCCACUUGGGUGGGACGAUGCGGAGGAUGGCUCCGGAGCGCCGGACGUCUCGCUCCAGUAUUGGCCCCAGGGCUCAGACGCCCCUGCGCCGUGCCUCGAGCUGGGCUGGCCCCGCAGGGAUGCCUGGCUGGGGGUGGGCAGUGCCACGGUGUACAGCAGCCCACCUAAACAGCAGGCCCCACCUGUGCGUGAGGUGGUGAGGAGUCUGAUACAGGGGGCUCACGGGGUCGUCGCCGUGGUGACGGACAGGCUGACGGAUAACACCGUAAUAGGAGAUUUGUGUGCUGCAGCAUCCCGAGGCGUCCCUGUGUAUAUCAUCCUGAACCUGAGGUCAGCUCAGCAGAGCUGCAUCUCCCAAAGACUGAAACACCAGAACAUUCGAGUCCGAAUUUUGGGCGGUAAGUCGUUUUGCUCACGGGAUGGGAAGAUGGUGACAGGAGAGCUGAAAGAAAACUUCCUCCUGGUGGAUGUGGAAACAGUGAUAACAGGGAGUUACAGCCUCACAUGGGCUGAUGCCCACCUGCACCGUCAGUUGGUCAUGGUUCUGACGGGACCGGUGGUCGCGUCUUUUGAUGAAGAGUUUCGGACCCUGUUUGCCGCAUCCCUUCCCAUCCCAAACACGUGGAUAGAGGAAGAGCCCCCAAUGAAGAAGGAGGCGAUACCGUUCCCGUUUGCAGAAACCCACAGCCAACCGCAUCUACCUUUGAGAAGCCCCAGUCCCGCAACGAGUCCCGUACCCUCAGACUCCUUCCACGACUGGGAAGUGGACUGGGAAGCCCUUGGGGUGACCAAGUACCACUGCGAUCCUGAUGAAACUGUUGGAGAACUUGAAGAGCUGCUGAAGCCCCAACAACAUCUGACCCCCGAUCCAAGCCGGAAAGAUUCGCUACCAGGUGACAAGAGUUCACUCAUAGAUGCAGAACCUCAGUACCGACCCCACUUGGCAUCAAGACCCAGCGAUGCUAUUGAAAAGCUCAACAGAUAUCUCUGUAAUCACAAAUAUGGCUCUGCUCCGAAGGCAGAAUACCAAUCCCUUUCUCCCGAAUCGAAAAAAGAAGAGGAAAGAACACAAUUUCCCUUCUAUCCUGGAAAUGACAAGAUUCCUGGUCCAGAGUCUAAUCCAGGGACUGAGCCCGAUGUGAGCUUCAAGGGCAGCAAAUGUGCACCAAAAAAGGUACUAAUACUUAAUGUCCCUGAGGCUUUGAAAGAUGCCUCCAGUGCCCUGGAUGAUGUUCUGAAAAGGCUGCAGCAACGUCGAGGUUCGCUAGAUGUGCCAGGACGGGGGGAAAGGACCACGUUUUCUGAAAUCGACAAAUCCAUGAACAACCUGAGUCAUUUCGAUGUUAAUUUCUCCGCAGACCAAUUACCACCCAAGUCUCACAAUGUUUUGCGUCAGACCCCGGCUCAGGCACUGAUGAGACAGCGUACUGCUGAAGCCAAGCAUGGAAUCACCAGACGUUCCAAGAGCUUCCUUUUUCCUACCAAGCCUAAUAUAUCCAGCAGGGGCUUUCUCUGGGAUUGGAAACAGCCAACGCUGGCCAUUGACCAGGGUGCAGAGGAGAAAUAACCCAAGAAAAAAUCAAGAAUCCCACCUGACACACAGACGUCCACAUUGCAUUGAGCUUCUAUUAAAAUGCAUCUGAUUGUUCAAGUAAAGAAGAUGCUGUUAACAGCUUGUGUCAAAGCAUCGGCAAAUUUUUUAUCCAAAUAACGUCUCACAACAUUCAGAUUCUUCUGUAACUUGGGGAAUUUUAAGAUAUUUGUUCAGGUGAAGCUAUGAAUGUAAGAUGAACUGAGAAAUGUUUAA